UCGGCCGGGGAAGCGAUGGAGCGCUGGGUGGCGGGCGGCUUGUGGCGGGCCGGCUGGGCCGGUUGGCCCGCCUGGGAGCUGCUGGCCGCCUGCGCCGUGAUCGGCGCGCUGGGCUGGCUGCUGCGGCUGCUGGAGCGAGGCCCGCGGGGUCGAGGUCCGAGGCCCAGCGCGACGCCUCCGUCCCCGCCGCCGCCUGCUGAGGAGAGGCCUCCGCGCUGCUUCGACCGCUGCGAUGGAGGUGAGAGGCCUUCCCCCGCGGCUGCCUUUCCGCUCCCUUCUCCCAGCACCGCCUCCCUGCCAGGGAGGAUAACAAUGGAUGAAAUCUUUUCCCGAUUAAAGCAACUGACCCCCGAUGAGCUGAGAGAAGAGAUCGUCCACGCUGGCCUGAAAUGCGGGCCCAUCACCCUGACCACCAGGUCCAUUUUUGAAAAAAGGUUGGCCCAGGCUUUAUGGGACCAGCAAGGAGCCUCCGAGGCCACGGCUCCCUUUUCGAACGGCGUCCCUGGAACUGCUGCCAGUGGCGGGAACCAGCCAGAAUCGGGAAGAACCAAUGGCCACCUUGCCUCUCCCGAGGAGGGGGAUUUUGGCUACAGCGUGGGACUGAACCCUCCAGAGGAGGAAGCCCUGCUGCACGAAGCGAAUGGCUCCCCCGCUCGUUCCCAGAAUCCCUCCAAGGAGCCUGUGCUCUACUAUGGGGUGUGCCCGGUGUACGAUGACAUACUGACCAGAAACGAGAGGGUUCAUGUCUAUGAGGACAAAAAGGAAGCUUUGCAAGCUGUAAAAAUGAUUAAGGGGUCGCGUUUUAAAGCUUUCUCAAACAGAGAAGAUGCAGAGAAAUUUGCAAAAGGUGUAUGUGAUUACUUCCCGUCUCCAAACAAGUCUGCCAUCUCUCUGUCUCCUGUCAAAGUCUGUUCGGUCUUUGGUAGAGAUGGCUUGUGCUCUCCGGAACUGGAAACGGUCAGCAAAGAAAGAGCCAACAGUUACAAAAGCCCCCGUACCCAGGAUCUGACUGCAAAGCUUCGGAAAGCCGUGGAGAAAGGAGACGAAAGUACUUUCUUAGAACUCAUCUGGAGUAAUCCUCGCUAUCUCAUCGGCUCUGGAGACAAUCCGACGAUUGUCCAGGAGGGGUGUCGAUACAAUGUCAUGCAUGUGGCUGCCAAAGAGAAUCAACCUGGCAUCUGCCGGCUGCUGUUGGACACUUUGGAAAACCCAGAAUUUAUGCGGCUGAUGUACCCUGACGACGACACCGUCAUGUUGGAGAAGCGCAUCAGUUACAUAGUGGAUCUUUAUCUGAACACGCCAGAUAAAACGGUAUUUGAUACUCCGCUGCACUUCGCUUGCAAGUUUGGGAAUCCAGAAGUGGUCGGUGUUCUUGUUUCCCAUCCGGCCAUCGUAAAGAAUCCAAAAAAUAAAUACAGUCAAACUCCAGCAGAUGUAAUCUGUGAAAGGAACAAAAACAAAUCGGCAGAUCUGAAAGCAAAAAUCAGGGAACACUUGGAAGGCCAGUGUUAUGUGCCUCUCUUCAGAGCGGAAGAUAACGCCACUUCCCCCAUGAUUGGCGCCCCGUGGUCCCCGGAUCAAACCGAGAGCAGCCCACUCGCUUCUUUGCCCAGAUACCUCGGCAGCCCCAAAGACCCAAUGCUGACAGUCAGGGCUUACGCGGGGCCUCUGAGCCCUUCCAAGGCAGAAGAUUUCCGCAGGCUUUGGAAGACUCCACCUCGCGAGAGGGCGGAAUAUUUCUACCACCUCCGAAAAUCCGAUUUGGAAAGAGGGGUCGAGCGAGUUGGAAGGGAGUUAGCUCACGAGCUGGGGUUCCCGUGGGUCGAAUACUGGGAAUUCCUGGGCUGCUUUGUUGAUCUGUCUUCCCAGGAGGGGUUAGGACGGCUAGAAGACCACCUGAGUCAACAACAGGAAAUGAGCAAUAAUGCUCAGCUAGGAGAAAACGAGGCCCACAACAAACCUCCACAGGCUCAUGGUAAAAGUAAAAACUGCAAUUCUGUCUCUGUUGGCGCGUUCCUCGAUGACGAUGACAUGAGUUUGGAAGAAGUCAAGAACAGGCAAAACGCGGCCAGAAAUUACAGCCCCGUGAUUGCACCCAACGAAGCCGCCAUCGGUCCCUUUGGAAGCUCCAAGUGCGACAUUCUCUCCAUUGAACAUACGGGGGCUAUCAUGCCCAGGACAAAAACCUCCCUCCGGACGGCCGAAAAAGGAGACCCCGUCAGUAAAAAUGGAUACUGCAGCCCAGCCGCUAGCGACGAUAGGACAGGAAGCCACAGGAGGCAUCCCAGCCAGGAGGAGGAGGAGAACUUUCAGUCCCCCGUGGCCAACUUAAUGGAUAAAUUUGGCCAACUCUCUUGCCAGGAUCCAGCCGUGGCAAGGGAAUGCUUGCCAGGCAAGCCGAGCCAGAAGGUGGCAAAAACUUGGAAAUGUCCAGAGCAGCUGCCCAAAAUGGGCUCCCUGCUUUCUAAGGCAGGGGCAGCUGCCAGGAAGGGCAAGGAGGCCAAGGGCAGAAAGGAAGAGGGGGACCCCCAAGAGGCCGAGGGACCCUCAGCGGAAACCGAGGUCAGAACCGGGGAGAGAAAGCCGCCGGGCACUUUGGAUUCACCACUUGGGAUGUCCCCUCCUGGUUUGCUAAAGUCGCCGCCUUCAAAUGGGAGAACCAAGCAGAGGUUCCUCUCAGGCGAUCAGCCGUCAAAAUGGGACGACGACGUGUUAACGGCAUUACUCGGCGUAGAGAUCGACCCCCAGAGGUACCCUGCUAUUUCCAAGUGGAGCGAGGCCGUGCGGGCCUAUCCUGCUUCCGAACGGCGAAGGUGGUCCAGCCCUUCCCUGAAAGGAUUCGCCAAGGGCCAAGCCACCACCAGCCCUGCCAGAAACCUUCCGUACUUCAGCCCAGGGAAGAACAGCCCGGGGAAGUAUAACGCGGCGGCGGCCGGCUUCUCUCCAGAUUUAGGGAGCCCGGGGCGGUAUACGCCAGCGUACGUGAACUACAUCCUUCUGUCCAAGAGGCAACAUUUCUCAGGACUGCCUAAUCCUUAGGGUGGGGAAUUAGCCACCCUGGCCACGAAAACGUGAAGGAAGUGAAGGAAAAUUUGGAUGGUGGAAACCUUGACAGGAUGGCUUUUGUGACCACUUUUAAUUUAUUUAUUCUUGGAAGAGAGAGGGGGCUGCUGGAAUGAGCGGUGGGGGGGAGAAGCAUUUCAUUUACCUGAUCGUCAGUCUUGUAAAAUUAGGAAGUUAAACCUGAAAGGCCUCUGAAUGGGAAGCCCUAAAUCUCGAAGUUUAGGGAUUCAUAGAUAGAAGGGGCAUUUUUUGGGACUCAUAAGAAUUACAAAUUGAAGUCCAGUCUACCUGUAAUUU